UUAAAAUGGAGCCAAGCACACAAGACUGUGGGCAGCUGGCUCUGGCCAGUACUAUCCCAGCAAAGAACAGAUUGAAGAGAAAAAGAAGAGACAGCUUUAGCAGCUUCAGGAAGAUGUAUCUUCUGCUGUGGAACGUUGGUUUUCUGGGAAUUCUGAGCUUGCAAGUGCUGGGCACGAAGAUAAACUAUGAAAGGGACCAGGUUUUACAAAUCAUCCCUCAGAACGUGAAACAAGUUCAGUGCCUAUACCACAUAUGUCAGUCGUCACAGUUGGAUCUUUGGAAACCUCUUUAUCUAGAGGAUGUCACUGCUAGUAGCGUAGUGCUUGUCAGGGUCCCAUCCAUUGCUCUUCAGACCGUGAAAGAGGAGCUGCUACGUUGUUCGCUAUCUUUUGACGUUCUACUUGAUAAUAUAACUCAUUAUAUAGGCAGUGAAGAGAGAAGAAGAGUAAGAAAAAAGAGAUCCACACCUGAUUAUGACUACACCAAAUAUCACCCAAUGGAAGAUAUUUACGAGUGGAUUAAUAUAAUGUCUGAAAAGCACACUGAUCUGUUAACCCAACAUUACUUGGGUUCAACGUAUGAGUCCAGACCCAUGCAUUAUCUAAAAAUUAGUGAGCCAUCAAGUAAUCCUAAAAAAAUUGUUUGGAUGGACUGUGGCAUACAUGCACGAGAAUGGAUUGCACCAGCCUUUUGCCAGUGGUUUGUCAAAGAGAUUGUACAGAAUUAUCCGAAAGAUGCACGUUUAAAAAAGAUUCUCAGAAACCUGGAUCUGUAUGUCUUGCCUGUUCUAAACAUCGAUGGCUACAUUUAUUCGUGGACCACUGACAGGCUUUGGAGAAAAUCCCGUUCUAUGCAUGAAAAUGGGACGUGUUUUGGGGUGGACCUUAAUCGGAAUUUCAACAUCAAAUGGUGCAAUCUGGGAUCAUCCAAAAAUUGCUCAGACAAUUCUUACUGUGGAACUUCACCGGUAUCUGAGCCAGAGACCAAAGCAGUGGUAGACUUUGUGGAGAAGAGUAAAUCAGACAUUAUCUGCUUCUUGACAAUGCACUCAUACAGCCAAUACAUCCUGACUGCUUAUGGCUACACCAAAGACCUACCAAAGAGCUAUAAUGAAACGAUCAAGGUCGCACAGAUGGCAGCAUCGGAGCUGAAGAAAAAGCAUGGCACAGUUUAUAAAGUGGGGAGUUUUGCUCAUCUUCUAUAUGAAGCAUCUGGAACUUCUCAAGACUGGGUCCAUGACCUAGGGAUUGAAUUCUCUUAUACUAUAGAAUUAAGAGACAAUGGUACUCACAAGUUUCUAUUGCCAGAAGAUCAAAUCCAACCAACAUGUGAAGAAACAAUGGCUGCAGUAUUGACCAUCAUAGACUCUGUGCAUGACAAAUAUUUUCCUAAUAAGGCGCCUACAAAUGUUCACAUGCUUUAUUCCGUUGUCCUUCUCCUUUAUACAGCAGUUCAAUUAUUUGUAUAGCUUUAUUGAUGAAUUUAACAUGCAAGUAUAUGAAGCUGUUUUCUUUUCUUUUAAAACUGAAUUGAAAUUCAAUAUCCGAUAUACUCAGUCAAUGUGAUACUGCUUACUUGUCAAGCAAAAUGAUUCAACCGGCAAAAUACAUCUAAUCAAAUGAGCUCUUAUAGAGCUUUUUAAUAAACAUUGAAUAUGUGAUUUUCUAGAACAUAGAUAGCAAAGCACAAUAGAAUAUAUACAAUAACCAAAUCCUGGUCUGGUAAGCACAUCCGUUUUCUGAAA